CUUUUCGAAACUAAUCUUUCUGUACUUUUCUUGAAAAAUCAACAAAAGCAAGAAACAGAGCAGAGCAAUAAUGGGUCGUCCUCGAAAAAAUCAAGAAAAGCAAGAAACUAAUACCACUAAGAAUGUGGUUUUCAAGGGCAGGAAAGAAGGGUUGAAGAAGAAAGCCAUGGAGCUUUCAAUCCUCUGUGACAUCCCAGUUCUUGUAAUGAUUCGAUCACCGAACGGGGAGCUUGAAGUUUGGCCUCGAGAUCCAUCCCAGGUCAAAACCAUUGUCAGAAACUACCUCAAUGGAAGAAAUCCCGAGAAGAAGAACCCGCCAGCUGAAAGGUCUGAUCUUUGGGUUGAAAAAGCCAAUAACUUGGCGAAUGUCACUGAGAAUGUGGAUGUGAAGGGAAAGGGAUUACCUAGACAUAAUAAUCAAGAAGAACCAGAGAUGGGUUGUGGGCAUCAACUGAUAAUGGCCGAAGAGGAAGAAAAUCAUAUGUGGGACGGAAUUGAUUAUGGUAUUGAUGAAUUGAUGUUGGUUCCUGAAAACCAGAACAAUUGGGGGAAUGCAGAUCUAAUUCAGGGGAGCAACAGUGAAGGUUUAAUUAACAAUGAUCAUGAUUCGUACUUUGGUUGGAAACAGGGGUUGGCCCCAUUGGGAAUAAAUUUUGAUGAUUCGACUCAAGACCAGCAACCACUGGAUUUUUAUCGUCCUGAUCAAAGCGACCUUGUUGAUUAUUAUCUUUGGAACAACGAAAAAAUUGAUUCUUUUGGGAUGGUUAACCUCGAUUCUGGGUUUGAUCAGUAUAAAGCGUCUACGCAGAGCAAUGGUUCUACAGAAUUCUCAGUCUUCUGAAUCAAGAAUCAAGAAGCCUGGGCAUUAAAGAAGAUGGGAUUCCACUCAAUUAGAUUAAAGUUUAGUUUUUGA